GCAGAACCCAAACUUGGAGGCGUUACUCUCAGUAACCUUGGAGGAUCGAAGAGGUCUAUUUCGCAACUUCUCGCGCCGAACGACCACGCUUGGGGGAGACGGCGACCCCGAAACUACACUCCUAAGGGGAAGAAAAGAAUCGUUUGAGGAACUUCAACAUAUUCGAAAUUGUGGCGUUGUUAGAAUGGCUUCGCGUUUUUCAACCCCCGUUCUGACGGUGGAUACGGCCAAGAUCCAUAAGGUCGACACAGCCAAUGCGCAAAGUCUUCAUGGCAUGUGGAUGGUCUUUUCGAAAUGUGCCGACUAUAUGGAGGAAGGCCGACGUCUGGAAAACCUGAGCUGGCGACUCUGGACACGUGAGACCUUCUGUGUGGAGCCGGAGACCUCUAGCACUACCUCAGUUUUGCCACUCCUUCGUUCCGAAGCUGGGGAUUUGCCAGAACUUUCCGCGAGUGUCGAAUCGGCGGCGUCGGAGCAAGCUGAGCGGAUAGAGCAUCACAUUAAACGCCCGAAGUGCUUGGACUAUAAGCCGGCGGUGGUGCGUGAGGAUUCUAUGGCCAGCCUCGCUCGCGGAAAGGAAAAGCAUAUUACAUCUUUAGGUUUGGAACGGAUGGUGCUGAACAUUAAGGAGAAGAAACACCUUGAACCCAUUUCCACCGUCAUGUCGACAGUCGAGCCCCCUGUUGUCGAUAUCACACCACGUCCUUCGACCCCUACUCCCGCCACCCCUCCUUCUGUCUCUACUGCGAGGCGGACGCCAACCCCGCCCCCAUACCCUCUCAGCCAACAACCGAACCAGUCCACUGAGUCUUGCUCGACUACUGCGCCCGAAUGCAAUGAUAGCGAUAACAAUGGCAAUACCGCCGGGUCUGAUACUAGCGUUUCUUCGUCCGGCAUUCUUACCCGAUCCGAAUUGAUCAAGUCGCCAAGCAUCGUCCGCGGAUUCUCUCCCUCUGUCAUCUCUUCGUCAUACCGGUCGCAACCUAGAUUGGCUGCCGAACCUGGCCCGGCCAAACCUCCAGCACAGCUCAAGCCCACUCCCUUCAAGAAGAAGGGCGGCAUGUUCACUCUCGGAGGCUCGUCGGGUGACGACGAUGAAAGCUCUUUCGAGGAUCGCAUGGCAAUGCAAGGGCCCCAUCGCAGUUCUCUUUCUGAUGAAUUGAGUAAGCCUUCGGCUAGUGGCCAGGAUCUCAGGAAAAAGGUGGCUUCCUUCAGGGACCAGAAUGAAAUCAUCAAGCCCAUCCGUGAACGUGCUAUGGAUAACGAAGAUGCCGUCGAAACAGACGAUGAGGUUUCUGAGAGUGCUAUCGAGGACUCGGACUCGGACUGGGAAGAUUCGAUCACGGAAAGCGGCCGAUCCAGUGUUGAGGAGAAGGAACUCUUCCAGCGUGUGGAUUCCCGGCCCAACCUUGUUUCGCGUCGCUCCCUUCUCACCAUGAUGAUGCAUCAGCCUACUAAGAUGGGAGCUCCGACCCGGUCUAGUCCAGCCCUCCAACGCUCGCGUCUCACUUCCCCCAACGGUCCCUCGAUCCCUGCAUCGCCGCCUGAGGACGAUGAUGAGAACUUGACGAUGCGUGGUCCCGACGUACCUCGCUCGAAGCCCAUCAUCAUGAAGCCCGCCCCGCAGUCUGUUGCCCACUCCCCACGGACAACUCGUCGCAACAUGCUCGCUACCGAAUUGACCGAGUCUCUCCGCCGACACUUGUUGUGGGAACGUCAACAGAAGAGUGCGACUGCCAACGCGUUCCUGAAGCGCAGACAUACGGCGCAUGACAUGGCCAAUCUACAAGAAUACCCUGGACCGAAGGGUUCUAAGGGACAGGCAGCCGGCCAGGCCGGUGGUGCUGCAACCAAGGCUACCAGUCAGGGUAAGGACAAAACCGGAUCCUUUACUCAUUACACCGACUUUGGACCUUGGGAAUAUCAUGUGAAGGGGUGGUGAAGCCCUUGACUGAUGAUUCGAUUUACGUCUUCGCCUUCAUUAUCUGUGUCAAAGCAUGUCCUUUCUUCUGGAUCGGUAAUGUUUGUUGACUAUGAUACCCGAUACUCGAACGGCUACUCCUUGUUUCACGUUUCUUUUCUUUUCCAAAACAUGUAAAGACCGCCGACUGAUUAUCAUCCUUGUGACACGUA